AUGCAGAUGCAGAUGAUCCACCUGAUGCAGCCCAUUCAGCCACGCUUGGUGCUGCAGCAGGCCGUGCUCAAGCAGCCAGUGGUGUCGCAUGUGCGGCCAGCGCAGCCGUGGCUUGGGCAGCUGCAGCUGCCAGCUCAGGUGAGGCCCAUGGCGCCAGCCGCGAUGCCAACGCCGGUGAAGCACAUGGCGAAGCUGGCCAGGCCAUUGCGUUGGGUUUAUGCUGCCCCUAUGCAGCGCACCCAAGGACGCACCAAUCAGGUGGUGCUUCCAUUCCAACAGGUUGUUUCGACCAAGGUGAUGGCUCCAGAGCGGAAGGAGCUUCCCAAAGAGUUGGUCUUGCCGCGCCCAAAGCCACAGGUGUCCACGCAGGUGAAAGCACCAGAGCGCAAAGAGCUCCCGCUGAUUGAUGGCCAAGUUCCCAAAGACGCCGGUGUUGAGGGCAUGCACCCAAUCGAUUUCAAAGCGUUUUGGGAGCAGAAUCAGCAAAAUAUGGUUGUGGUCGACCUGCGCGGUGAAGACCGCGCAAGCGGCCACAUCGCAGGGACAGUUCAUGUCCCGGCCAUGGAUCUCCUCAAGGAGAUCCAGAAAUUUGUGGAGAUGUUUUUGGACCAGCCCAUCGUCGCAUUCAUGUGCCAAUACUCGGCCCAUAGGGCUCCGACAGUCGCCAACUUCUACCGAAAGAGCUGCCCAUCCAAGCAGCGAGUGAUAAUCCUAGAGGGCGGCUUCAGGGGAUGGGAGGCCCAUGACCUCCCUAUCCAGCAGAUUGAGAUGAAACUGUCCCAGAAAGCGGCUGACCAGCUUGCACUGAAGAUCGGGAAGGUGGACAUCUCUUUGCCUGUGGAGGUCGCGAUGGCGAUAUCUACCACUCCUCAGCCGAGUGCUUUCAGCUACCUGAGGCCUUGGUUCGAGCUGCACUGGGCGAGUGUGGCUUUGGGCUUGGUGAUUGGGCUUUGCCUCGGGCCUGUCCUUGAGGCACUGGUGGGCUUUCGAUUGCUCCUCUACCAGGCCGUGAUCCGCCGCUUGGUGGUCAUUGAGCUUGAGGACUUGGUUGAGGAGCUCCGGACGGAGGUCGAUUUUUUGAAAGCCGAGUUGCGCCGGCUGAAACGAGUCGUGCGCGAUCUGACUGACAAGCAGUCGGCCAGUGAAGAUCGAGACAGUGCUGGGAGCGGCCGCUCACAGCGUGACUCCCGGCGUGGGUCAGGUGGUGAUUCGGACGGCAGCUAUUCAGUGGUCCGUGAGUUCAACGAGGCAGCCUCGAGGUCUAGAAGCGGUACAGUGUCCCCUUCGCCUCAAGCUUUGUCUGAGCGAUCCCAGUCUAUCCCCUGGUCGGAUACCAGGUCAGUGGGGUCAUCUGGCUGUGGCUUGACUUGGUUGCAGCGCGAGCACAUCUGCGACGGCAUCGCGGAGUACAUCAAACGCUGUCUUCAAGGAGGUCAUCGUGGAGAAAGCGGCAGAGGACGGAUUGAUUUGCCCAGCCGCAUCUGGCUGGUGUUUCGGGAUUUUGAAGGCAGGGAUCACUGCCCGGUCAAGGUGUGCAGAUCCUUCACGGAGUGCAAAGCUUUGGUGAAACGUGGAGAAGAUUGCGGAGAAAGCAUUUUUGUCGGGAUGGACAUCAUGGACGGAGAUGCUUCGGGGUUUGCCCCGGGCCCACGGCACGUCCUGUCGCUGGAUGGCGGCACGGACCCGCACUACGACCUUUGGUGCUACACCUCCCCGCUGGGAGUCAGAAUUCAAUGCAUUGUGAUCAGCCCGGUCGACGACCGUUUUUUGCUUGCUUUUCCUCAUCAAGUUUGGCAUCGGCAAGUUGCGAGAAGGGUGCUUCCUCAACAGCUGCUGGGAAAACCGACGCUGGUGGAAGUGGCAGUUUCUCCCGAGGACGACAGAGAGACCGUGGACGACGCCGUAAGUAUGAAGCUCUGGGUGGGCUAUGUGGGGGCGAUCGUCUACGACAGCUUGGAGAUUGUGGACGUGGAGACUGCCAUGGACUACCGCUUCAAGUCCGACGAAUCUGGUGGAUGGGUCCCCUAUGCCGAGAGCCUCGUGGAAGUCCUGAAGGAGCACUUCGAGUUCCUCAGUGCCGAAAGCGGGGUCCCUCCCCUGGUAGAAGGUGUUGGAUCGGAAGAUCUUUCAUCCAGGGUCACAUCUUUGGAAGCAGCCUUGGGGAAGAUGGCCCAGAACCUCGACAUCGUGCUGGAGAAGGUGACGGAGCAGAAGCGUGGCGAUGGCAGGGUGAAAUUCACCGAGCCUUUGGUUACCGAGCCUCGUCGUGCGAGAAAGGAUGCUCGCUCGGAGAAGUUCCCUACGCUGGAUGCAGCAGUGGUCUCGGCAGCAUUGGCAGCCGGAGUUUCGGAAGAGAACCUGGUGGAGAUGCAGAAGAUGAUGGGAGCAGCAGAAGGAGCUUCGAAGAGACUUCGGGAGCCUGCUCUGAGGUCUUCUGGUGCUCGUGCAAAGCCUGCGAGUCGGGAGCCUCUGUCAGAGAGCGAAGACGAGGUGGAAGAGGUCGGCGAGCCUGGUUCUGCGCUGGAUUCUUCCGCCAACCCUAUGGAGAGUGCCCUGACGAAGCUGACGGAGCUGGUCAGUCUGCUCGCUGCGGACCGUGUGAAAAAGGCGAAGUCUUCCAAGGUAGAGUUAGCCUUGGACGGUCUGGUUUCUGGGUCUGGAGGCGACACUUCUGGGACCGCAGUUGGCAAGAGGGCUGCAGCAGCUCGAAGAGCUUUGAGGACGGCCUUGGUGGAUGCUCCAGAGGAAAUCUACAUGGUGGUGGAGCGCCUUCUCCUGGAGGACCUGACCAGCCGGACCAUAGCUCACGGCAUGCCCAAGGCCGACCUGAAUGCCCGGGCUUGGAUAGAACAUCGUUCGAGGAUCGGCGCCUACAAAACAUCCGCGCAUUGUGCGUGGGGCGUUGGGGGGAUCCUGGACGAUCUCAUACAGGGCAGGACGGCCCAUGCCAGGGCCAGGGCAGCACUGCUCUUACUGCAGCUGGACCAGUGUGCGGUCGACAAGGGGGACUGGACUCUGGCGAGCGAGCUUUCACUGGAGCAAGGGCCCCCCCCUGUCAAGUCUGGCGACCCACUCGUUAUGCUUUCGCACUUGAGAGAUGCAGAGGACUAUGUGCAGAAGAGGAGGUCCUUGGGCAAGAAGCUACAAGGGGAGGAGGUUGAUGGUGACACGAAGAUGGUCGUUGUCCCUGGCAGUCGCGCACCGACAGUUCGUGUUCCACCCCUGUUCAAUUCGAUGCUGAGACUGUUGGCCAAGCACUCUGACAGGCUUAGCGGGUUUUUGCAGACGUUCCUCAGCAAUGUGCCGAGGCCUCGAGAUGAGGUCACCUCGCUGGGCCCUCUUUGGCCGAUCCCUCUCCCUUAUCCUGAAGUUUUUGGGCGCGGGCCUGCUUUUGGAGCUUCUUGGAGGAAGAGACGUCUCUCCUUGCAAGUUUUGGUGAUGGAUUGGCUUUACUUAGGGCGACCAUCUGUGUGCCCACCGCUGCUUUGGCUCGGCCGCAAACUGACCGGGCGCCAGUGGAAGAGAGUGCGUCUCUUGGAGGAGCUCAGCGAAGAUGCGAAUUCGUUUUUGGAGGUGGAUGCACACUUGAUGGCUCGGUCUGCUUUGAAAACGGUAGCCUCGGCUGACCAGCUGGCUGCCUUACACCGGGCUAUUCUUUCCUGUGCUUCUACCAGCACGGCACCCUACGGGCGUGUGACUAGUUCUGCUACGUUUGCGCGUGGCAAAAAUGAAGCAGAGGACCUGAGCAGUAGCUGGGAAGGUUUUGGGUUUUUUGAUGGUGAAUGUGAGGGAGGGCAAUUGGUGGUGGCUCAACCGCCCCCCAACACUGUGGAGCCCUGCCUUAGCAAAUGGACUUCAACUAUGAGUUCCGCUACCUGUUUGGGUGGGCUUGAACUGGACGAUGAUGAAUGUUUGAUCAUGUCCGGCCGUGAUAUCCGCGAUUUCUUUUACCAGUUCAAGGUGACUCCUGAGAGGAGCCGGCGAAAUGUGCUGGCUGGGAUUUUAGCCCCUGAAGACCUCGAGUUCAUCUUCAGAAAGCCUUUUUCAAAGCCUGCCUAUGUAGGUCUGAAUACGUUAGCCAUGGGAGAUCUCAACUCGUGCGAGUACGCUCAAGGGGCUCAUCUUCGGCUGAUACUUGAGUGCGCCGGUGCCGAGCUCAGCGAGGUCAUGAUGCUGCAUGAGCCUUUUCCCCGUGGACUUCUAUCAGUUGGAGUCGUCAUUGACGAUUUGGUGUGCUUGGAGAAGGUUUUGAAGGGGUCGUUUACUGACUCCGUUUUUCAGGGCCCCAGCGAAUGCGACCGUCGUAUGGAUCGCAUCAUGGACAAGUACAAGGAGGUGAAGCUGCCAACCAAUGACAAGAAGGCCUUUGACAACGCCGUGACUGCCUCCUUUUGGGGAGUCCAACUUGAUGGAAAAAAGGGGGUCAUGAGAGCCAAUGAAACCCGGCUCUGGCCGCUUGUUCUCAUCACCGUGCGGGUGGCUGCUUUGGGCCUGGCUACUGUUGGGCUGUUGCGAUCGCUGGCUGGCUCGUACAUCUCCAUCUCUACUAUGCGGAGACGUUUGCUGGCGGUCAUGAACCACAUCUUUGAUGCUAUCAGUGCCUCUGAGAAUGACAAUCAGGUGGUGCGGCUUUCUGGUGGCCUACGUGACGAGCUUUUUUGCAUGCUGACCAUGGCCACCCUUGCUGUUGUCAAAACCCUUGGCACUCUUAGAGCCACUGAUGCCUCAGAUUGGGGUAUGGCCGCUGUGUCCUGCGCGUUGCCAGUGCCUGUCGCUAAGGAAGCCCACAGGUUGAGCCUCUCAAAGAGUUUUUGGACAAAACUCUUGCCCCCUGCAAAAGCUUGGAUGCGCAUGAAGAGCCUGCUUGCUGCUGAGGAAGAGCUGCCUGAUGGUGAUGUCUACGAUGUCCACCCGUUCUGGGAGCAGCUUGCAAGAAGUGUGGAAUAUCGGGAGGAGUGGCGAAAGCCGCACAGGAAGUCAGUCCACAUCAACAUUGGCGAGCUUCGAGCCUACCUACUGGAGGAGAGCCGCUUGGCGACCAAUCAUGUGUCAGCGCGCGUUGCGUUCGCGCUGGACUCACAAGUUGCCCUUGGAGCCUUGAUCAAAGGGCGAGCCUCUUCGAAGGCCCUUAACGGCGAGUUGAUGAAGAGCAUCCCUCUUGUGAUUGGCUCUGACCUGUACGGCGCCUACGGUUACUGGCCUUCAAAGUUGAACCGUGCUGAUGGACCAACCAGAGAUGACAAGCCCGCUCCCCCGGACCAACCGCUACCUUGGUGGUGGCAUCUUGUUUGUGACGGACAGUAUGAGGAUUUCGACAGGUGCGGGAGCCAUCGCGCCAGUGUCCCAAGCAUCGAUGCCCCUCCUGAUGGACCCCGAGCGGAUGAUGAUGGAUCUCUAGCACACCGGCCUCCUCACGGUCCUCUUCGUCCUGGCGGAGAUCUAUGUGGACGUGGAGUUCUACGUGGUGAUCAACAUCCUCGUGCUGGAGCUGGCGGUACCAACCUAUUUCAUGAUGUUCCUCUUCAUGGUCUUCCUGGUCCUCGAGGUGCUGUACGUGAUCACGGAGCUCUUCAUGGUGAUGAUUGUCUUCGUGCUGGCGAUCCUGACGGAGCUGUGCUAUGUGACGGCGGAGCUCCUCUUUCUGGUGCUGCAGUCGGACGUGAAGAGGCUUCAGCUCUCUGUGCGGAAGCCCUGGAGAUUCUGAGAAGCUUCGAUGCGAAACAAGUCUUUUUUCGAAAAGGCAUUGCAGACUUCCUGGAAGCCGGAGCCCUGGACCUUUAUUCGGGCACCGGUGGAGUUGUCAAGAGCCUGCAACGUGGUGGUUGCCCCUGGGUCGUGAGUUUUGAGAUCAAAAGGAGCUCUUCAGAAGAUGUGCUGAGCAAGACCAAUCAGUACAAGAUAGUACGUCUGAUUCGGUUGGGAGCUGUGAAGCUGGUGGGGUCAGCUUUGGUUUGCCGGUCGUUUUCGCCGGCUGUCACCCCCCCAGUCAGGUCUGCACGAUACCCACGUGGGGUGCCCUGGGCCAGCCCAGCUAUGAGAGAAAAGAUCUCCGAAGGAAAUGCUAUGAGUGAUUUUGACUGCGAAGUCAGAGCUGCAUGUGAUGAGCAGGAGCCUCCAGUCUUUUUCUGGACUGAAAACCCUGACACGAGCUUCCUUUGGCGAAUGCCGACGAAUCGUCGUUUUAGAAGGAUCGGUGAGGCCAAGAACCCCGGACCUCGAAGACCUGCUCGAUCUCGGGCGUUCUCCUUGGAGCAGGCUCCGGUGCAAACGUGGGCCUCGAUCAACCUUGGCGAGCGAAGAUGGCAGCUAUUUUUGGAGUGGUGUCGUGGCUUCCUCUCUGGAGAUCCCGUCGCCCUCUUUCUGAUGGUGCCGCUGUUCCUUGCACACGCCAUUAGGCGCUAUGGUGAUUUAGACUUCAUGUCGGGAGGUUCUUUGCUUUACUUCCGGCACUUGGUUCUUGCGGCCCAAAGGAAGAUCCCCAUUGAAGCCCUUUGUUUCAAUUUGCUGGGACUUGGCCACCAGAUGGGAGAAGAUCGAUCACUCCUGGUGGCCUUCGCGGAGGCGGAGCAGUUGCUUGGUAGAGGAUGUUUCGUGAAUGGCCUUGGACUUCGUUUUGCCCAAGCUGCUUUGGUUGCCCUUUCCCUUCACCUUUGCGGAGAUCGGGCUGCAGCUUGCAUUGUUCCUGCGGCCUUUGCAGCAUUCACUUCUACCGUCGAAGUGCUGCAGGUUUCCACAUCUCGCCGAGCCAUUCAGCUUCGUCAGCUUGGUCAGAAUCCUGCGAGGCCCAUGGCGAUGCCAGUGGCGAUGCCAGUAGCGAUGCCAACGCCCAUCGUGAAGGCCGUGGUCAAGCCCGUGGUGAAGCCAUCGCAAUGGAUUUAUGCCUUGCUCCAAAGCACCCCAGGACGCAGCACCAGGUGGUCCUCUGUGGAAGGAAGCAUCAAAGUUGCGCGGGCAAGAUCGGGCAAGCGGGGCUAUUCGGCCAUUCCAGGAACGGCAAAUAUCCCAGCCAUGGAUCUCCUUGAGGUCGCAAACUUCUACCGAAAGAGCUGCCAGUCCCGACAGCGCGUGAUGAUCCUGGAGGGCGGCUUCAGGGGAUGGGAGGCCCAUGACCUCCCUAUCCAGCAGAUUGAGACGAAACUGUCCCAGAAAGUGUGUGACCAGCUGGCCCUGAUUGGGAAGGAUGUUUCCAAGUUGACCGGCUGGAACGCGUGUGACCAGCUGGCCGUGAAGAUUGGCCAGAGUGUCUCAAAGUUGAUGGCUGAGUGCCAUGUGAUGAGCAGCAGGUUGGUCUUGAAUCCCCUUGUGGCGUUGUGGCUGAAGGGCCAUCAGAAGCAGCGCCCAAUUUUGAGACGCAACUUCCCAGCUGAGGUGGGCAUCUUUUUGCAAUAUCUCCUCAGCCGAGUGCUUUUAGCUGUACCUGAUGCUCCAGACGGGGCUGCGGCACUCGGAGGUUUGCCGUGGUCGGGCUGGUCCAAGCAAAUUGAAACGGUUUCGUUCUGCAGCAAGUUCCACAUCUCAACGCCGAGCCAUUUGCAGCGCUUUGCCGUUUCCUUUUCAGCCAUGCAGAUGCAGAUGAUCCCGAUGCAGCCGAUUCAGCCACGGGUGCAGCAGGCCGUGCUCAAGCAGCCAGUGCUGUCGCAUAUGUCGCAUGUGCGGCCAGCGCAGCCGUGGCUUGGGCAGCUGCAGCUGCAGCAGCUGCCAGCUCAGGUGAGGCCGGCUGCGGGGCCGGCGCCAGCCGCGAUGCCAACGCCCAUGGUGCACAUGGCGAAGCUGGCCAGGCCAUUGCGUUGGGUGUAUGCUGCCCCUAUGCAUCCUAUGCAACGCACCCAAGGACGCAGCAAUCAGGUGGUGCUUCCAUUCCAACAGGUUGUUUCGACCAAGGUGGCUCCAGAGCGGAAGGAGCUUCCCAAAGAGGUGGUGUCCACGCAGGUGAAAGCACCAGAGCGCAAAGAGCUCCCGCUGAUUGAUGGCCAAGUUCCCAAAGACGCCGGUGUUGAGGGCAUGCACCCAAUCGAUUUCAAAGCGUUUUGGGAGCAGAAUCAGCAAAAUAUGGUUGUGGUCGACCUGCGCGGUGAAGACCGCGAAAGUGGCCACAUCGCAGGGACAGUUCAUGUCCCAGCCAUGGAUCUCCUCAAGGAGAUCCAGAAAUUUGUGGAGAUGUUUUUGGACCAGCCCAUCGUGGCCUUCCUGUGCCAAUACUCGGCACAUAGGGCUCCGACAGUCGCCAACUUCUACCGAAAGAGCUGCCCAACCAAGCAGCGCGUGAUGAUCCUGGAGGGCGGCUUCAGGGGAUGGGAGGCCCAUGACCUCCCUAUCCAGCAGAUUGAGACGAAACUGUCCCAGAAAGCGGCUGACCAGCUUGCACUGAAGAUCGGGAAGGUGGACAUCUCUUUGCCUGUGGAGGUCGCGAUGGCGAUAUCUACCUCAGCCGAGUGCUUUCAGCUACCUGAGGUCGAAGUGCUGCAGGUUUCCACAUCUCGCCGAGCCAUUCAGCUUCGCCGUGGUCAGGCAGCCAGUGCUGUCGCAUGCGCGGCCAGCGCAGCCCUGGGACGGGUGCAUCAGCUUGGUCAGAAUUCUGCGAGGCCCAUGGCGAUGCCAGUGGCGAUGCCAACGCCCAUCGUGAAGGCCGUGGUCAAGCCCGUGGUGCACGCCAGGAACGGCAAAUAUCCCGGCCAUGGAUCUCCUCAAGGAGAUCGGGAAAUAUGUGGAGGAGUGUGGGGACCAGCCGAUCGUGGCAUUUUUUUGCCAGUAUUCGAGUACUGGCACAAGAAUGCCACGAUCGGCUGGUCCCCAAAAUCCUUCACGUACUUCCCGAUCUCCUUGAGGAGAUCCAUGUCCCGACAGCGCGUGAUGAUCCUGGAGGGCGGCUUCAGGGGAUGGGAGGUGGGCAUCUUUUUGCAAUAUCACUCCUCAGCCGAGUGCUUUUUGUUGUACCUGAUGCUCCAGACGGGGCUGCGGCACUCGGAGGUUUGCCGUGGUCGGGCUGGCGGCCUUGGCUUGGAGGCCUUACGUUUGGGACCUGAGGCCGAGCCAUUUGCAGCGCUUUGCUGUUUCCUUUUCAGCCAUGCAGAUGCAGAUGAUCCACCCGAUGCAGCCGAUUCAGCCACGGGUGCAGCAGGCCGUGCUCAAGCAGCCAGUGGUGCUGUCGCAUAUGUCGCAUGUGCGGCCAGCGCAGCCGUGGCUUGGGCAGCAGCAGCUGCAGCAGCUGCCAGCUCAGGUGAGGCCGGCUGCGGGGCCGGCGCCAGCCGCGAUGCCAACGCCCAUGGUGCACAUGGCGAAGCUGGACGCACCCAGGUGGUGCUUCCAUUCCAGGUUGUUUCGACCAAGGUGGCUCCAGAGAAGGAGCUUCCCAAAGAGGUGGUGUCCACGCAGGUGAAAGCACCAGAGCGCAAAGAGCUCCCGCUGAUUGAUGGCCAAGUUCCCAAAGACGCCGGUGUCGAGGGCAUGCACCCAAUCGAUUUCAAAGCGUUUUGGGAGCAGAAUCAGCAAAAUAUGGUUGUGGUCGACCUGCGCGGUGAAGACCGCGCAAGUGGCCACAUCGCAGGGACAGUUCAUGUCCCAGCCAUGGAUCUCCUCAAGGAGAUCCAGAAAUUUGUGGAGAUGUUUUCGGACCAGCCCAUCGUGGCCUUCCUGUGCCAAUACUCGGCACAUAGGGCUCCGACAGUCGCCAACUUCUACCGAAAGAGCUGCCCAACCAAGCAGCGCGUGAUGAUCCUGGAGGGCGGCUUCAGGGGAUGGGAGGCCCAUGACCUCCCUAUCCAGCAGAUUGAGACGAAACUGUCCCAGAAAGCGGCUGACCAGCUUGCACUGAAGAUCGGGAAGGUCGCGAUGGCGAUAUCUACCUCAGCCGAGUGCUUUCAGCUACCUGAGGUCGAAGUGCUGCAGGUUUCCACAUCUCGCCGAGCCAUUCAGCUUCGUCAGCUUGGUCAGAAUCCUGCGAGGCCCAUGGCGAUGCCAGUGGCGAUGCCAGUAGCGAUGCCAACGCCCAUCGUGAAGGCCGUGGUCAAGCCCGUGGUGAAGCCAUCGCAAUGGAUUUAUGCCUUGCUCCAAAGCACCCCAGGACGCAGCACCAGGUGGUCCUCUGUGGAAGGAAGCAUCAAAGUUGCGCGGGCAAGAUCGGGCAAGCGGGGCUAUUCGGCCAUUCCAGGAACGGCAAAUAUCCCAGCCAUGGAUCUCCUCAAGGGAUGGGAGGCCCAUGACCUCCUUAUCCAGCAGAUUGAGACGAAACUGUCCCAGAAAGCGUGUGACCAGCUGGCCCUGAUUGGGAAGGAUGUUUCCAAGUUGACCGGCUGGAACGCGUGUGACCAGCUGGCCGUGAAGAUUGGCCAGAGUGUCUCAAAGUUGAUGGCUGAGUGCCGUGUGAUGAGCAGCAGGCACAGUUCGAAUGCCUGCCGCCAUCAGCAUUCAGCCGUCAGUAUCCAGUACCACCCCUUGGUCGAGGUUGGUCUUGAAUCCCCUUGUGGCGUUGUGGCUGAAGGGCCAUCAGAAGCAGCGCCCAAUUUUGAGACGCAACGAACUUCCCAGCUGAGCCAUGCAGAUGCAGAUGAUCCCGAUGCAGCCGAUUCAGCCACGGGUGCAGCAGGCCGUGCUCAAGCAGCCAGUGCUGUCGCAUAUGUCGCAUGUGCGGCCAGCGCAGCCGUGGCUUGGGCAGCAGCAGCUGCAGCUGCCAGCUCAGGACGCAGCAAUCAGGUGGUGCUUCCAUUCCAGGUUGUUUCGACCAAGGUGGCUCCAGAGAAGGAGCUUCCCAAAGAGGUGGUGUCCACGCAGGUGAAAGCACCAGAGCGCAAAGAGCUCCCGCUGAUUGAUGGCCAAGUUCCCAAAGAGGCCGGUGUCGAGGGCAUGCACCCAAUCGAUUUCAAAGCGUUUUGGGAGCAGAAUCAGCAAAAUAUGGUUGUGGUCGACCUGCGCGGUGAAGACCGCGAAAGCGGCCACAUCGCAGGGACAGUUCAUGUCCCAGCCAUGAGGAGAUCCAGAAAUUUGUGGAGAUGUUUUCGGACCAGCCCAUCGUGGCCUUCCUGUGCCAAUACUCGGCACAUAGGGCUCCGACAGUCGCCAACUUCUACCGAAAGAGCUGCCCAACCAAGCAGCGCGUGAUGAUCCU